AGUGCCACCGUGUAAGAGGGGUCAAUUCAAUUCAAAUUAGGCACUUGUUACCAUGGAGCUUUCCAUUGAACAUGACCCAAACUUCGGUUCCAUGAAUGAAGAGGAACUUUCUGCAAAUUGGAAACAAGCGGCAAAGUCCAACGUGAACGACGUCGUCAAAGAAAGGCAGGCCAAAAUCAAGGUGUUUCGAGAUCUUUUGGCUCAACAUCACAUUCAACUCAGACCCGGCGAUGAUCAUCAACUUUUAGGGAUUUUACGCUCAGCUAAUUGUGACGUCAAGAAGGCGUUAGAUGUAGCCAAAGAGUUCCUGGAAUACAAGAUACAUUGCACUAAUGUCCUGCCAUCCACCGUCCGAGAAAUGAUUACGGAUAACCUGAAGAGAUUUAUGGUUCUUCCACAUCGAGACAAGCAUGGUCGACGGAUCAUCGUUUACAAAAUGUGGGACGCUGACAAAUAUCCGUACAAGACGAUCAUGGAAAUGUUCUACGUGCUUUGUAUGAUGUUGUCCAGGGAGGUCAAAACUCAAAUUGCCGGUAUCAGUCUCGUGGGUGACAUGGCAGGGAUGACUAGAAAACAUGUCCCGUCCACGUGGUCAGAUAUUCAAACUUGGGCUACUUUUAUGAAGGGUGGUGUUCCAGUUUGGUUCCACUCGAUUCAUAUCCUCAAUGGACCUUGGCUGUUUGAGUUCUUGUACAGUUUUGCCAAGCCUUUGUUGAAUGACAAAACUAAAGGCAACGUCGUUCUCCACAAACGAGCUGAUGGCUUCAAGACCUUGCACGCAGAAAUUGAUCCUCAAAUCCUCCCCGAGGAAUUUGGUGGGACAGCAGGAAAGCUGGACAACAGCCUUUGCCUUUCAGCUGCCUUGAAACUGGAUGACUAUUUCAAAGAUUUACAAAACAGUACCAUUGAUUGAUUUACCUGGAAUUAUAAGGAACCUGGUCAUGCAGAAUGGCUAAGGUUCAUUGCUUGG